CCUGGGCUUUGGGGCAGGAUACAUAAUACCAGCCUUGCUUGGCUGGAGGAGCAGAGAUGGCUAGGGAGGAGGAGGUGAGCGGUCCACCUGGGCUCCUGAAGCAACUCCCAGGAAAUCAGUUGAGUCAGGGUGUCCCCCUUUUGUUCCUAGGGUGGGGGCUUCAUGGCCUUCUCCUCCAGGAAGCUCCACCUGAUCAUAUCCUGGGUGGGUAUCCAGCCCCCACAGUUCAGGGCCUACUAGCUGCUAGGUCUUGAACUCCAGGGGCGCCCCACUCCUUGGGAGCUUGGCAUGGGCUAAUUACUCCCCCAUCUGUUAAAUGGGGUCCUGAAACCUGGCCAGGGAAGACGGGACAAAGUAGCCAUGGGUCAUCGCAGCCCCUUUGAAGCGGGGCCUGGCCACCCAAAGGCAGCUCAGGGGUGGAGACUGAGGCUUCAGGAGAAGCCCCCACUAGAAUCCUCUCUGCCCCUCCCUUCCAGAUUAACCAAAACCUGCUAAUUGUGGCAGCCCUCAGCAUGCUCCCCUCCCCCACAGCCUCUUCCUCCCUUCCCUCCCCUCCCCCUUCCAUCCGAAUGAUAAAGGCCCCAGCCCGGCCUCAGGUCCCGGCCCUACCUCCUACACUGCCCUGCGCCCUCCACCCGGCCAGGCCCCUGCCCACGCUGUCUACCGUCCCGCAUGGGGCCCUGCAGCGGCUCCCGCCUGGGGCCCCCAGAGGCAGAGUCUCCCUCCCAGCCCCCUAAAAGGAGGAAGAAGAGGUACCUGCGACAUGACAAGCCCCCCUACACCUACUUGGCCAUGAUCGCCUUGGUGAUUCAGGCCGCACCCUCCCGCAGACUGAAGCUGGCCCAGAUCAUCCGUCAGGUCCAGGCCGUGUUCCCCUUCUUCAGGGAAGACUACGAGGGCUGGAAAGACUCCAUUCGCCACAACCUUUCCUCCAACCGAUGCUUCCGCAAGGUGCCCAAGGACCCUGCAAAGCCCCAGGCCAAGGGCAACUUCUGGGCGGUCGACGUGAGCCUGAUCCCAGCUGAGGCGCUACGGCUACAGAACACGGCCCUGUGCAGGCGCUGGCAGAACGGAGGUGCGCGUAGAGCCUUCGCUAAGGACCUGGGCCCCUACGUGCUGCACGGCCGGCCAUACCGGCCGCCCAGUCCCCCGCCGCCACCCAGCGAGGGCUUCAGCAUCAAGUCCCUGUUAAGGGGGUCCGGGGAGGGGGCACCCUGGCCAGGCCUAGCUCCACAGAGCAGCCCAGUUCCUGCAGGCACGGGGAACAGUGGCGAGGAGGCGGUGCCCACCCCACCCCUUCCCUCUUCUGAGAGGCCUCUGUGGCCCCUCUGCCCCCUUCCUGGCCCCACGAGAGUGGAAGGGGAGACUCUGCAGGGGGGAGCCAUUGGGCCCUCGACCCUCUCCCCAGAGCCUAGGGCCUGGCCUCUCCACUUACUGCAGGGCACCUCAGUUCCUGGGGGACUGUCCAGCGGGGGACACAGGGCCUCCCUCUGGGGGCAGCUGCCCACCUCCUACUUGCCUAUCUACACUCCCAAUGUGGUAAUGCCCUUGGCACCACCACCCACCUCCUGUCCCCGAUGUCCACCGUCAACCAGCCCUGCCUACUGGGGGGUGGCCCCUGAAACCCGAGGGCCCCCAAGGCUGCUCUGCGAUCUAGACGCCCUCUUCCAGGGGGUGCCACCCAACAAAAGCAUCUACGACGUUUGGGUCAGCCACCCUCGGGACCUGGCGGCCCCUGGCCCAGGCUGGCUGCUCUCCUGGUGCAGCCUGUGAGGCUCCUAAGACAGGGGCCGCUCCUCCCUCCCGCUCCCACCCCCACCUUGUUGACAGGGAGCCAAGGCGAGGCGGCUGUCUGCGACCACAGCAGCCUCGAAACACCAGGCAGCAGCCUUGCUGGGAGUCCACGGUGUUUAUUGGACCACCCCACGCAUGGCCGUGGCCCAGCUGGGCACAACCCUCACCCUGGUCAGUCAUGCCUCUGUUUCUCCUACACUCAGAGGCAGGGCUGGAGGGGCAGGGCUGAGCCUGGAAUAGCCCUUCUUAGUCCCCUCUUCUCAGCCCACUACCCAUCCAUCCGUCACCAGCCGUCACCUCCCCUCCCGUGCUCCAGGCUGGGGGAGGGAGAGCCCAAUGGUGGGUCCAGUCUGAAGUCCUGCCCUCUCUCAUCUGUCUGGGAAGGAGGUAGCACCUUUUUCGGGAAAGGGGUUAGGGAGUAAAGACUGCACCCUACAUGGUCCUGGUGGUGUGGAGGGUAACAGUAAAGGAAUUUGCAAGGUUUUAA